AUAAAUCACAGUUUGCACAUGCAUAUCAAAGACUCCAUAAACACCAAAAUCUAGAACUACAUCUCCUACAAAAGGAAGCUUCUCCUCAUGUGACAAAAGAGCUCAAGCUUCAGUAUUCUAUCGCCCUCCAAUGGCUAAACCAAAAAUCUCCAGAAAACCCACCGUGGAAGUCAACCAGAAUCAAAGCCAAGAGCCCCUGAAAACAGAAAAACCACCUUCAUGGUUUGUUGUGAGAGGCCUUUUUGGCUGCAAGCAUAUCCAAACACAGCAGCAGCAGCGGGAACAAAAGCUACAGAAGCAACCACAGCAUCGAAAGCAAGAUCAGCAGCAGCAAUCAAAGAAGGAGAAAAAACAUAACCAGCAUCAAGACCAGUCGCUGGAGGAAACAAGCAAGAAAUGCAAGAAAAUGAAGUGUUCAGGCUCAAUAUGCAGCAACUCAAAGGUCAUGCACAGGCCUGAAACAGCUUCCAUUGAAGUCCAAAGGAAAAGGGCUUCAAUGGGCUCAGCUGGUAAAAAUGUUUCAAGCAGAUCCAUGAAAGGUCCUUUAAAUGAAAUCAAUGGGGUUGUUCCCUCAACUAACUCUUCACUUUCUGCAUCUUCCAAUUUCUCCAGCAGUAAUGUUAGUUCUUUCAGAGGAAUGCCAUUCAGUAGAUUCUCUGGUUGCUAUGAAUGUAGAAUGGUAGUGGAUCCUGUUCUUGGAAUUGCCAGAGACCAUUCCUUGAGGGGUAGCAUUUGUUCUUGCCCUGAAUGUGGUGAGAUUUUCAUGAAAGCUGAAAAUCUGGAGCUUCAUCGGGCUGUUAGACAUGCAGUAUCUGAACUGAGUUCAGAGGACACAAGCAAGAACAUAGUAGAAAUCAUUUUCCAAUCAAGCUGGCUAAAGAAACAAGCCCCCGUUUGCAAAAUAGAUCGCAUCCUCAAAGUCCAUAAUACCCAGAGAACCAUCUCUAAGUUUGAAGAGUACAGAGACUCCAUCAAAGCCAAGGCCACCAAGCUUCCCAAGAAACAGCCACGUUGCAUAGCAGACGGCAAUGAGCUCCUCAGGUUUCACUGCACCACUUUUGCGUGCUCACUGGGCCUAAAUGGCUCUUCAAAUUUGUGCAAUUCAGUUCCAAACUGUAAUGUAUGUAGCAUUAUCAAGAAUGGCUUCAAAGAAUCCACCACUCGAGAUGACAAUGGGCGUGGGAUUUUGACUACAGCGACAAGUGGAAAGGCACAUGACAAAGCCACAAUAUCAGAGGACGGCAAUGGUGAAAGUGAAAGGAGGGCAAUGCUGGUUUGCAGGGUGAUUGCUGGCAGGGUUAAGAAGAGCAUGGAGGGAAAUGCUGAGGAUUAUGACUCAGUAGCAACUGGCAUGGAGGUUUACUCUAAUUUAGACGAGUUGUAUGUAUCUAAUCCUAGGGCCAUUUUGCCUUGUUUCGUUGUUAUCUACAGAGGGUUUUAGUAUGGCCUAACUCGUUGCUACUACCUUGUAUUCAAUUAAUUAGGGUAAUGUUUCCUGUUUUGUUCACUUGAUUCUCUUGAUAAACAUAUUUAGUUUCGGAAGGA